AUGGCCGGCCCGACGUCCCCCAGCACCGAGGGUCCCACGUUUGCGCCCCCGAGCCUGCCCGCCGGCUGGAUCGCCCAGUGGGACGGCGCGAGCAAGAAGUACUACUACGUGCAGCUCGCGACGGGCGUCUCCCAGUGGGAGGUGCCCACGCAGGCCGUCCACCAGACGGGCAAUACUCCCGCCCACGAGUCCUCCGAGCACCCAUACGGCCAGCCUCCGCCUGGCAGCGCCCCCGGCAGCGUGCCGCCGCGACCUCCGGAGCUCAUCACGCACCCGGACGGCUCCCAGACGGUCAAGCACCCCGACGGCACCAUGGAGCCAAUCAUGGCCGACGGCUCCAGAGGCUUGGACGGCCCCAACGGCGACAGAGGCCUUGGUAGCAUGGCCAUGAACGCCCUUCUCGGCGGAAAAGGCUCCGGCGGUGGCGGCGGUGGUAGCCACGGCGGCAAUCCCCUCGGCAGCCUCGCGAAUCAGUUCCUCGGCGGCGGUUCUCACGGCGGCAGCAGCGGCGGCGGUGGCAAGAAUAACGCCGCCGGCAAGCUCGUCGGACAGCUGGCUUCGAACCUCUUCUCCCCGUCCAGCAAGCCCGAGCAGCCGCAAAACUACCACGGCGGACAGAACACGGGCCACGGCCAGCACCAGGGUGGUCUGGCCGGCGCCGUCUUUGGCGGCGUCGCCCACAUGUUCGGGGGCAAGGAGUCCCACGGAAGCGGCCAAAAUUACGGCUAUUCGGGUGCUGGUACUGGCAAUGCUUACUCGGGCGGCGAAGCCCCGACAUACCACCCGCCGGGCUCCGGCCCGUCCUCGUCCACGCAUACGCCGUCCACGUCGCAACCGAGUCAACACCAGCAGCAGCAACAGGGCUCUUCGCACCACCAAGGCUCCCAGAACCAGAGCCACCAAUCUCAGAGCCAGCAGUCGUAUGGCGCCCCAUCUUCUGGAGGUAGCCAAGGCCACCAACCGCCGCACAGCCAGUCCCCGUACGGUGGCAGCCAAUCCUACGGCGGCCAGCACGGAGGCCAGCACGCAGGUCAGCACGGAGGGAAUGGCUCGUACUCCCACCAGCCUGCGCAGCCAAGCUAUGGUACGCCCCCAGCUGGCGGCCACCAGCCGUCGUAUGGGCAGUCCCACCAAGGCCCUCCCUCUAGCUACAGCCAGGGACCUCCGGGAGGCUACCAACAGGGCCCUCCGGGUGGCUACAGCCAGGGAGCGCAGGGCGGCUAUAGCCAAGGCCCACCUGGCGGAUACAACCAAGGCUCCUCGGGGGGAUACGCCUCCUCAUACGGUGGCCAGCAGCAGCAGCAACAUCAGCAGUAUGGUGGCCAAAACCAGGCGCCUUACCAUGGAGGCCCCUACUGA